GCAGCUCACCUCCAGGUGUGUCCGGCCAGCGUGGUGUGUUGCUCCAUGGAGUGGAACCGCUGGCCGGCCAACGACGCCCAUUCUUAUCCAAACACAGAGCUGCAUGAAAACCUGCUGAUGGAAAGAGAGCAGGGACGAUGUCUGGACCUGGCCAUGGCCCUGAACGACCAGGACCGCCUGUUUCACUCCUUAAAGAUGAAGACACUUUUCCCAGAGUUGAUCCAGAGUGUGGAGGAGGAGGAGAAAGAGGAAGAGAGGAGGGAAGAGGAGAGGAGGAAGCAGAAAAAGGCAGCAGCGAAGGCAGCUGAAAAGGAAGCCAUCUGGGACUCUUUUAACAAGUUUGACUUCCAUAACCAUGAUGAGAAAGAUGAUAAGGAUGAAGAUGAGGUUGAAAUAGAAUAUGAGCAGGAGCUAACCCAGGAGGAGAGAGAGGCUAUAGCCAUAGGCUCGGGGGUGGAUGCUGAUGUCUUAGAAAACUACAACGCCUGGGAGCGCAUGUUCAGUAUGGAGAUGGGUGGCUGCAGGGAGACUGAAGGGGCAGCUAAUGCAGGCAGAGACCAGCAGAGACUGGCUGCAGGCAGAGGAAAGGGCCUGACCACUCUGACAGAGGAAGAUACAGCAGAUACCUGUAUGGGUGCCACAGUAUCAGACACCUGCAGACAGGUGAGCAGUGCAUGCAUGGCUUCCUCGACAUCCUCCGCCACCUAUCUCGCUGGAAAGCUGAAGACAUUUGUGUACGGACAUGUGGAGCCGAUGAAGAUCAUCACUGUGCGUACCUUUAAAAUCCCAACCAGCUUCUCUGCCAGGCAGAGCCGCAUCCGCAACCCUGGUUUCUACAAGAGGGAGAGUCAAGCUGUGGACACCAGCGACCUCGGGGUGGCGCUAGAGGAGAUGCCAGUGUGGGAGGAAAUUCAGGCCUCCCUGCUGUGCUCCCUUGAGAAGGAGCAAAGGGGUCACCUUAUUGCAGAGAGCAGAUGCACAGAUGGUCUGUUACAAGAUGAAGGCACACAGACGUACAACUUCCUGUCUGCUCCUUUCGGGAGAAACACGUUACUGGCUGACCUCACCGCUGCAAAACCGCUGGAGCUGCACCUUCAGCUGCAGGUGGAGAGCGUCACCAGCCGACACCACAAGGCCAGCUCCGCCUUCACCUUCCUCUGUGGACACACCUUCAAGCGCAGAGAAUAUGUCAAACAUUAUAAGAACAUCCACAGUGACAUCCAGAUGGGUGUGAAUGGAUGGUUCGAGCAGAGAUGUCCCCUGGCGUACCUAGGAUGCACCUACAGCCAGAAGAGGUUGCAGCCCUCUACACAUGAAGCCAAUGUCAUGUACAACGAGGAUCUAGGCUGCUUCAGCCUGCAUCCCAUCAUCCCUGUCUCUUUGGGUGACACCUCCCAGCCGUCCAGGAGCACAGCGGUCUCCUCCGCCACUCAGAGAAAGAGAGGAGGUCAGGCAGGAGGAGGGGACGACUCUCUGAGCUUGCUGCCCUACGAGGUGCUGUGCCACAUGGCCAGUUUCCUGGACAGCCUGUCCCUGUCCCAGCUGGCUCUGGUGUCCCAGCUCAUGAGGCAGGUGUGCUCCUCGCUGCUGCAGGAGAGAGGGAUGGUCACCCUCCACUGGGAGAGGAAGACAUACUCGCACGGAGAAGCCAAAUGGAGGGUGAAGCAAAGGGUAUGGCAAUUCAGCACCUUGUUCACGCCUGUGGACACUUGGUGCUUUCAGGAUGUGCCGUCCAUGUCCGAGCACCUGAAGGUGUGUCCUUACUAUGAGAGAGAGUGCAGGACGGAGAAGAUUCACCUGCCGCGCAUCAAAGAGGAAGUCCAAACCAAAACCAGCUGCAAAGGUCCCACUCUGGUCAACUUGUUCCAGCAGAAGAGGAUCAUGAUGUAGUGUAAAGCGCUGACAUGCUACUGUGUGCUGCUCUAAUCUGUUGUUAUAAAACAAGGACCUCGUUGCAUGUUGUCCACUCUUGUCCCUGCUGCUGCCGUCCACUGUCAUUUAAAUAUUUUUAAAACAAUAAAAACACGAGUCCUGAGAUUAAUGUUUAGACUUUAAUCUUUGAGUUAUGUCUGUAUGUACCAGAAGAGAAUAAAAGUUAAUUAUGUCCAAAAUAAACUAAAUAAAGAAACUAAGGUAAUCAGAAAGCCA